UGGUGAACCGCAGAGGAUGCCGUCGCAAUAAUCAAGCCUGGGAAGUUAUGCAGGCAUGGAUGAAUGUUUCUGCAGCGGCAAAGGACCGGGGACACUAGAGGCAGGCAGUGAUCCUAAGGUGGAAGAAUGGUUCCUGGUUGACGAGAGGACGGAACAAGAGGCUGGGGUUCAUGAUUCCAAGGUUGCGGACCUGGGUUGAAGGGAUCUCAUUUAAUAUUAAAAAAAUUGUUUCCAGAGAAAAUGCGUCGUCAGAAAAGAGUCCAAAGUUCCAUUUGGACCUAUGGCUAUGGCUUACCCUGGAGAACUGGAUCUUAGACUUCGGAAGGCCUAUUAUCAUGAUUGUCCUUCCACUAGAAUGGUUUCCCCUGAACAAGCCCAGUGCUGGAGACUACUUCCACAUGGCCUACAAUGUAAUCACUCCCAUCCUCUUGCUUAAGCUGGUGGAGCGCAGUCCUAAGGUGCUGUCUCGUUCGGCGGUCUACCUCUGCAUCAUCACACUCGUCAUGGGGGCCAGCAUCCACCUUGUGGGGGACUCCAUCAACCACAGGCUGCUCCUGAGUGGGUAUCAGCUCCACCUGUCCGUCAGGGAGAACCCAAUCAUCAAAGACCUGAAGCCUGCAUCACUGAUUGAUUCAUUUGAGCUACUGUACUACUAUGACGAGCAGCUGGGACAUUUAAUGUGGUAUAUUCCCUACUUUCUUAUUUUCUUCCUCUAUUUCACUGGAUGUUUUACGAAAACCAAAGAACAAAACGUCAUCCCCCUCUCUGGUUGGCUGUUACUGGGACCCAGUGCGCUGUACUAUUGGUACUUGGUGACUGAAGGACAGAUCUUUGAACUCUUUCUGCUCAUAUUCGUGGCCAUGGUCGCCAUGGUAAUGCUGCAACAGCGUAAAGGCUUAAGGCCAGACAUCAAUGGGCUGUUUUUGUUGGGGAGUUUUACUGGUACCAUGGUACUGGUUGUUGUCUGGGUGACCUAUCUGUGGAACGACCCAGAUUUACGAAAAAAGUAUCCAGGACUCCUUUACGUCCCAGAACCCUGGUCUUACUACUCAUUGCAUGUCAAAGAUAGCCACUGAUGGUCAGUUUUACAGUUUAAUUACUGGUGAAACUUUUAAUCUCACCAAUGUUUGGAUAGGCAUCCACACAUUGAAGUGGUUACUGUACCCGCUUUGUGCUGUUCUUCGUUAACAUUUUUAAUGGACUCUAAAUGGUCUUCUGUGCAGGCUUUUUAUUGGUGUCAAUCUCAAUCAAAGUCGUGAAGCAUAAUGCUUGACAGGAAGAUAUUCUUUGAAGGGAGUGGCAAAGAUAAAGAUUCCACCAGGAUAUUGCUGCCCCCCCAUUUGGUUUGAGAUGUCUGGGGUUUUGAGAAGAGGUUGUGAAAUUGAAAGUUCAGGGCUUCUCACCUGGAUUUUUUUAAAUCUUGUUAGAUAAAUAAAUGUUGUCUCUUAAAAUCAAUUGACUGUUUUAAUAUUUGUAAUACUAACAUUUAACGAAGCAACGUCAUCAGACACUGGAAAUUUAGGCUAACAAUUUAAUCAUAGUUUGUUUUUUGGUUAGAAAACAGUGAAUAUUGGGACAAGUUUGUUUGCCUAUAAAGCUGUUGAACGAUUUUUGUAACCGUUGUAAAUAAAUUCACGUUUCAGAAUUCA